AUGGGUUCUUCUCUCAAAGCUCUUGAAGUCGAGAAGACGAACAUCAGUCAUGUCGAGACUACCCUCGCGGACCCAUUACCAACAAAAUUUGAAGACUGUGAACCUUUGGAAAUCACCACCAAAGAACAAUGGCGGAAGCUGUGGGGAGCUAUCCGGGCCGAGAAACGAUUCUGCCUGUGGACUCUCUACACCAUGCUUCUUGUCUUCAGCUGGGGCUACGAUGCCAAUUUAUCUGGCCUAGCCAUUGCAUUCCCCGAUUUCCGAAAGGCCUAUGGUAAUUACUACGCUCUCGGUGACGAGUAUGUGAUUCCUGCUUUAUGGCAGUCACUGUGGAAUGCCGCUUCGACAAUCGGGCAAGUUUUUGGAGGCUAUGCCGCAGGGCAAUUUGCCGAUUUCUGGGGUCGCAAAGUCCUGCUCUAUACCGCAGUCUUCAUUUCUCUCGGAUCAUCAUUUGCUCUCGUCUUUGCUCCAACUCUCCCAGUUCUAUUCGUCUCGAAGCUUCUUCUCGGUCUUUCGGUUGGUCUUGCGACAGUGCUUCCCCCUCUAUAUGUCACAGAGAAUGCACCUACACACCUUCGCAGCAUUGCGUCGUCUCUUACCAAUGUUGUGAUUGUCUUCGGUCAAUUCUGCGCAUCCAUCACAGCGUAUGGUGCGUCAGGACUUCAAGGCGUCUGGUCUUUCAAACUGGCCUUUGUCAUGACUUUCGUCAUGCCUGGUCUUUAUCUUUGCGGUCUUCCAUUUCUGCCUGAAAGCCCAGUCUGGUACAUGAAGAAGGGCCGCGAGGAUGAUGCCCGCAAGGCUAUCACUAGGCUAUAUGGCCCCGAUGCUGAUAUCGACCUCUGUAUUGAAACCAUCAAGACAGAACUUAAACAGACUGAGAAUGAGGAGUCUGCUUUCAGUCAGACAAGCUGGAAAAGUAUCUUCACCAAAGAGCAUCGCUCCCGUACGCUCGUCGCUGUGCUCGGCCUUCAAUCUCAGAACUUUUCGGGCGGCUACUUUGCCAAUACCUAUCAGACCUAUUACUUCCAAUUGAUCGGCCAAGCUGACUCAUUUCAAUUGACGGCAAUCUCUUCAUCGCUGCAACUCCUAUCAAAUUUUGUUGCUGUCUGUCUUUCCGACAUCAUUCCUCGCAGAAAGGGCCUCAUUGGUGGAGGCACUGUGCUGAUGUUCUGGUCUGUCAUCAUCGCUGGGGUAUCCAUGGCACCUACUACCAAUACUGCUGCCAAUGUUGCCCUCCUCGCCUUUAUGAUCACUUGGUCAAUGAUUUACACUGCUACUGUGGGCUGCUACGGAUGGGCCGUGGCCCAAGAAACCGCAGCACAAGCCACGCGCCCCAAAACCAUCUCAUUUGUUUUGGUCUGUCAGCAGCUGACAGCCCUCUUGCUGUCGUCUGUCUUCCCAUACUUCAUCAACCCGGACGAACUCAACUGGGGUGGCAGGGUCAUGUUCCUGUUCGUUGGAGCGGAGCUAUUCAUCUUCGCGGGUCUCUACUUCUUCCAGCCGGAGACAAAGAAUAGGUCCAAUGCAGACAUUGAUACGCUCUAUGCGAACAAGGUUUCACCACGGAAGUUUAAGGACUUUAUCGUUGUUGAAGACCAGGUUGUCGAAAAGAAGAAGAAGGCUGGCUUCUUUGGUGAACUUGCUGACAAGGCUAAGCAUGUUGGCAAAUCUGUUUGUUAA